GUGGGAGCAGAAAGAGUUGAUCCUUAGCAGCAGAAACUCUGAUAAACUCCGAACUAUUCAACACAAGAAGAAGAAGAAGCAAGUAAAACUGAACUCAGGACAAAUUCACCCGCUGAUCAGCUGAUUUCUGUGAGAAAGCCUUGCUCAGGGGAACCUCGGCAGGAUGCUGGAGCAGCAGGCCGACCGGGUCAUGGAGCUGUCGGAGUGGAGCCAGCGCUGGCAGGAGAACAAGAUCGGCUUCCAUCAGCCGGAGGUCCACAGCAUGCUGCAGACGAACUACGAGGCGGUGGUGAACGGACGGAGCGCCGUCCGGUGGUUCUUCCCUCUGUGUGGGAAAGCUGUGGACAUGAAGUGGUUGGCGGAUCUGGGCCACUCGGUGGUCGGCGUGGAGAUUUCAGAGAUGGCCAUCAGACAGUUCUUCCAGGAGAACAAGAUGACGUUCAGCGAGGAGGACGUCCCCGCCGUCCCCGGAGCCAAAGUCUUCCAGAACUCGGACCGCAGCGUGUCCCUGUACCAGUGCGACCUGUUCAGUUUCUCCAGCGCCGUGGCGGGUCGGUUCGGGGCGAUCUGGGACAGAGGCUCUCUGGUGGCCAUCAAUCCCCGGGACAGAGACCGGUACGCGGCUCUGAUCGUCUCUCUGAUGGCUCCAGACUGCAGAUACCUGCUGGACACGCUGCUCUACAAUCCAGAGCUCUAUAAAGGUCCUCCGUUCUUCGUCCCCGAUGAACAAGUCCAGAGUUUGUUUGGCGGCAGAUGUGAUGUGGAGCUGCUGCAGUCAGUGGACGCGCUGACGGACCGACAGAGGGCCUGGGGGCUGGACGCUCUGACGGAGAACGUCCACCUCCUCACCCUGAAGGCGGCCAACUGACGCCCGGCCCGACCCGACCCGACCCGACCCGACCCGGCCCGCUGACCCGCUCUGGUUCUCU